CCUUUAUUGAGAUCCUAUGCAGGUGAGAUGCCAAACACUACCACUGAUUCGGAAGAAGAAAUGGGACAAAUGCAAUAUGCACGCAAAUUUGGGCAAAAUCCGAAAGAUGAGAGACAGUUCAUUCGGAAGAAAUAUUAUAAGGAAGAGGAAGAAGAAGAGAAAGCGGCAAAGCGAAAAGACAUGAUCAUGAUCAUAAUUUUCGUUUGUCUGUGUGUAAUAUUCGUAGCACUCGUUGUUCUGGCUAUUGUACUGGUAUUGACUGGACCAAAAGAUCCAAUGACAAAGUGGAAAACAAGAGGGAAGACAAAGCAAAAGAAAUAA